AUGAACGACGCAAAAUUCAAAGAUGCUAAAAAUUACGAUCAACGCGAGAAAAACUACACACUGUCGACGCUGGAGACAUGUUCGGUGACUUCUCGUGUCAAGCGUCGGAACAAUUUUGGCUCCGCCAUCGAAGUGAUUCAUGUUUCCGGAGAUCAAACGGGUGCCGAUCGCUACUCGAAUUCGUUGUUUAGCUCGUUUCUGCAAAGGGGGACGACUUACGAGGUUCAGCUGGAAGCUCGAAAUGCGGAGGGUUGGGGCUCGUUGGCGCGGAAGUUCGUCACCGUUGAUGUGCCCGGAGUGAGUGAAGUCAAAUUCUCAUAUUUGGGUGAAGGCGUCGUUUUUGAGGAGUACUUG